AUGGCCGUCCAGCUCACCGAGCAAUUAAAGAGGGAUCUCCUAGAGAUCUGUACGACAGAAUGGUCAGGGUCUGGAAGUGGAAGUGGAAGUGACUCAGGGGCUGGAAUAAUUCCUUGCUCCCCCCAGCCUGCCACUAAUAUACCCAGUGGGAUUAUCGGCAAUACUGGAGGCAUUAGAUGUACUGAAAGCGCAAAGGCGUCCGGGCCAAUUGAUACAAAGGAAGCGAUAAGUAAUGUUCCCUGCCCGGCUACCUCGGGGCCCUCGGCUCUUCGCCGUGGCUAUGGCAGCUCGGAGGGAGGCGGUAGACAACCUAAGCCUAAGCCUAGGCCUAAGCUCGAGAGUAAGACUAAUAGCAAGAAUGGACAUGGAAUGCUCGGAGCAGCUGGGCAUGUUCAUGCUCAGGCCCGGCCCCGUGAGGUCAAGGUGAAUGCUGGACAUAGCGUGUCCUCUCGGGAUGAACCGCGGGGGCUGGCCAGGACUCCUACGUUCCCCAAAGGAGAGAAGAGAAUCUUUGGCCCGCUGGUACGGAGGUGCGAUGCGCUGCAAACCUUGUGGCGACCUGGAACCUCUGACAAUGCAGCCGGCAAGCGUGGAAGCGGCCAAACCGGUACCAAAAGCGGCCAAACAGGGACCGUAGCACGCCCGCGGCCAGUGCUGACGGAAUCCAUUCUGAGGGAGUUGAGGACUCUGCCGGGAUACGUGAUACCUGGAGCCGCGCCGUCGACGAAUCCCGCGAUGGUGCCGACCCCGGGGGUGUUGGCGCCUGCCUUGGCUAGAGCAUCAAGGACCCUCACUAAUGCUGAUUCAGUCGUGAUCCCGGAGACCCCGGAGACUCAGGAGCCUCAUGUUCAGGAGCCCUACGUUCAGGUUGGCCCAGCCGGUGGCUUGCUGGCUGCAGGCUCUGGUGGGCAGACGAACCGAGGCCUUAGACGGAUCAGGGCACAAAAGGGGCAGGUAGUAUAUGAAUCGGCUGACGAAUCUACUCUCAUUGUAGAGAUUUCCGAUGACGAAGAUAGGGAUGCAAAUGCAAGUACAAUUGCAAAUACAAAUGCAGUAAGCAUUAUUAAGAAGAAGAGGCCUAGCAACAAGAAGAAGCCUGCGCUCAACAAGAAGCCUGCACCCAUUCUUCCUCGGCAGCAGCAACAACAACAAGAACAACAAGAUCAACAGCAACAACGACAACAACAACAGCCGCUAUCGCUGCAGUCACAGCAACAACAACGACAGCAGCUGCGUCGCGGUUACGGGGGGGAAACUGAGUUUGCCAUCUGUAUGGAGUUCGGUGGCUUUGAUAGUUUGAUAAUUUGA